AAACACGAAAAUACCCCCAGCUGGACGCUUUCUCUUUAUCUCUCUCUUGCCCUCUUUUUAUCUCUCUCUCUUUCUUUCGCUCUCUCUCUCUCUCUCAUUCUCCCUCUCUCGGAAUGCAGAAAACUCUAUCAGCUUCUGUGUGAAAUUGAACAAACUACGCGUCGACGCUUUUGGCGAAUUCGUCUGGAAACGGCCAGGUUUUUAGAGGAAAAUUCGUGUGAAUAAUUUCAUAUAACGGGAAGAUGAACUGGAACUCCGCCGUCUGGGUCUCUUUGCUGUGUGGCUGACCCUUCCUUCUUCCAUCUCUUCUUCAUCAUGUCUCCAGUUUACUCAUCUCCCAAAUACACCACUGGCUCCACCCUACUGAGCCCUUACCGCCCUUAUGAUCCAUACAACCUGUCCCCAAGCUACGUCUCUCGCGGCCAUCCUCAGGCCUCCAGAUACUCGCCCUCAAUCUCCCGCUACCUCACUCCAAGCUCCUGCCUGGCCAGAGUAUCCCUGUCCCUCCCCCAGGAGCCAGAGCGGGGGAGAGCCAUCCCUCGCAGUGACCCUCGAACAACCCGCCGCAGUGAGAGCUCCAGUCGGAUGCAGAUGAAAGGUCAAGCCACCCGGGCAAUUGGGACUAAUACUCACUCGUCCUCACAGACUGGGUUCCCUGCUACCUCACCCCUGUCAAGGUGGCGCCGGUCAGUCAGCCAAACAGACCUGGCCCAGGAGCUGGCCACACUGGAACUGUGUGAGCAUGGUGAUGUGGAGAGAGCAGCAUAUCCACCCAGAGAGAAUGCAGGCACAGCAAAUACAACCUGCUCAGGGCCAUUCUACUGGAGCUUAGAGAACUCCAAGAAUGCUCAGGGACUUGUGGGCCUGAGGAACCUGGGGAACACUUGUUUCAUGAACUCCAUCCUGCAGUGUCUAAGCAACACUCAUGACCUGCGGGACUACUGUUUGCGGAACACGCACCGCACCGACCUCAACUGCAGGGCCAAUGCAGCUCUCAUGGAAGAGUUUGCAAAGCUCACUCAGACUCUGUGGACAUCAGCAAGCAAUGAAGCGAUCAGCCCCUCUGACUUCAAAACCCAAAUCCAGAAGUAUGCUCCGCGUUUCGUAGGCUACAACCAGCAGGAUGCUCAGGAGUUCCUUCGUUUCCUUCUAGAUGGGCUUCACAAUGAAGUGAACCGAGUUUCAAUCAGACCCAGAGUGCCUGUGGAAGAUUUCGACCACCUCUCAGAUGAUGAGAAAGCCAAAAGAAUGUGGAAUAAGUACCUGGAGAGAGAAGACAGUAAAGUAGUGGAUCUAUUUGUAGGUCAGUUGAAAAGCUCCCUGACCUGCAGUGAGUGUGGUUUUUGCUCAACUGUAUUCGAUCCAUUCUGGGAUCUGUCUCUACCUAUUUCCAAGAGCUCUGGGGAUGUGUCUCUGAUUGACUGCCUUCGGCUUUUCACUAAGGAAGAUGUGCUGGAUGGCAAUGAGAAACCAACAUGCCAAAGGUGUAAAGCCAGGCGUAAAUGCACAAAGAAAUUCUCCAUCCAGAAAUUCCCCAAAGUCCUUGUGCUUCAUUUAAAACGCUUCUCUGAGGCUCGCAUCAAGACUGCCAAACUGUGCACCUUUGUCAGCUUUCCCAUCAAAGAGUUGGACCUGCGGGAGUUUGCCUCAGACAACAGCAUGAAUGCCAUCUAUAAUCUCUAUGCAGUGUCCAAUCACACGGGUACCACUCUGGGUGGUCAUUACACCGCAUACUGCCGCAACCCUUCCACAGGAGAGUGGUACACGUACAAUGACUCCAGGGUGAGCCCCAUGUCAUCCAGCCAGGUGCGGAGCAGUGAUGCCUAUGUGCUGUUCUACGAGCUCACAAACUCCUCGCGUAUGUGAAAAGAGCAGGCCUCAUCUUGGCCUAAAGAUGGACAAUAAAGCCUAGGACUUGAUGGCAGUUUGUAGGACACUUUGGCCUGGGGGCUAAUGCAUAGCCUGUACCUAUGGGCUGGCAAAAUGCUGGGACUAAACUUCAGUGGAGGUAUAUGCUUUGAAUCGCAGGCUGAGAUUAUUUUACAAUUUUAUGGACGAAGGCCAAUCACAUAGCUGGACUGAAUUAUAGUCAAGGCCUGUUCUUUUCUAAGAAGCCUGGGAUUUCAUAGCAUAGCUCAGAACAAGCUUCCUUAUAAGGGCUUCCCCAUCCCAUCAUUCCACUGGAUGGAGAUUGCUGCUCAAGGGAUGGGGAUUAGAACACACUUCUCCUGGGAAAAGAGAAACUUGAACACUACCUCUCAUACUUGAGCAGGACUUUGUGCAUGUGUGUGCGCACAGACAGAUGAACUCUAUGCACUACCUGGAACUCACCAUUCUUGUUUGGUAGUCACUAUGACACCACUAAUUUUAAUUUAUUAACUUUUUAAUUUUAAUAUUUUAAGCUUCAGUUGUUGCAUAUGAAUGUGUCACAUGGGUGAGUGACUUUAAAGGUGCACUCUGGCCAAUAUUAAAACGUUGCAUCUGUUGUUAACAUGCCUGUUUGCCUCCUGUAGUCUUGCCACAGUAGUCUCUUAAGCAAAAUUUAACAGGUAAGGACUAGGAAAGGUGGGCAGAACUACUCUUAGCUUACUGCUAAGAGGCCAAAUAUCUUGACUGUUUGUUAGCCUUUACAUAAGCAGCUAGACACAUAGCCAGGAUUUCUUUUUUGCUGUGGUUUUCCAGUGGUUGAAUUUGCUUAAUGCAUGCUGUGUAUUGUACUAGUGAGAGAACACUGAUGGUCAAAAACUCAGACAAAGCAUACAAAUUCAUGAAUUCUGUCAAAGCAGUGAGGCUGAGGGAUACAAUUCUGCUCUACAGAAUCCUGCACAACACAACAAUAACAAAUGCUAGUUUUAAGCCAGAAUGCCCCUUUAAAAACAUUCUCUGCGACCAGAAGAGGGUGUUCUGAGGUGCCCCCUGGUGGAAUUUUAAAGCUAAAACCGGCUCAUCUUCAGGAACAAAAAAACCCUUUUUUUCCACAUGUUUUUUUUUAGGUGACCACAGCAUUUGGCUUAAUUUGGGAAAGAGCUUUCACAGCACAAGAAGCCACCUGGUGUGUCUCUGUGUGUUAUAUGUGAGUGUGUCUGUGUGUGCGAGAGAGAGAGAAAAAUACUUUAUUUAUGAAGUGCGAAUUGUGAAUGUAUGUUUUUGAGUUGUAGUGUCUGGAAUAAGUCAUUAUCAUAACUGAUACAGAAUGAAUGUGACUCUGCAGAUGAAGUACUUUUGGCUUUUUAAAAGUCAGAUAGAUGUAACUAUAAAUAAAUUAAUCAACAAACACUACAAA